AAGGGCAGUUCAGAUUGUGAAAACCCUUUCAUCACAGACUAGGACUGGGAGAACACCAGAUGGAUGUCCUUUCAAAGAGCUGGUGGCAGGAAUGAGGAAGGGCAUGAGGCUCCAGAGUACUUCUAAAAGAGGAAAUUUUAAUCCUCUAUCCCUGUGCCCAUUCAUCUCCUGCACUGAAAUAAUUUAUCAGUGCUCAUUUUAGAUAUAAUGGCAAAUGAUUAACGAACAAAUGUAAAUAUAUCAGGAUUCCAUACUAAUAUGCUAUUUUACAAUGUUUGGAGCACUUCAGAACUAAAGAUUAAAUGAGUCAGGAUGAUUAAUUGUAUGUCAGUAAUAAUUGUGGUAAAGAUAAAUGAGUUACAGUAUUCUUUCUGGGCUCUUCUAGAUGCUAAAUAUGAGUUUGACAUCUGCUUCACAUCUGUGCAGAAGAGGGCCAUCCGGACCCUCUGGACUGUGCUGGAUAUUCUUGACCAAAUGUGGUUACCUGUAGUGAGGACCUGGCGUCUUAAUGAAAGGCAUUAUGGUGGUCUAACAGGCCUUAACAAGGCUGAGACAGCUGCUAAACACGGUGAAGCCCAAGUCAAGAUAUGGAGGCGUUCCUUUGACAUCCCUCCACCUCCAAUGGAGCCUGAUCACCCUUUCUAUAGCACCAUUAGCAAGGAUCGCCGCUAUGCUGAUCUUACUGAAGAUCAGCUACCUACAUGUGAGAGUUUGAAAGAUACUAUUGCCCGGGCACUGCCUUUCUGGAAUGAAGAAAUUGUUCCUCAGAUCAAGGAAGGCAAGCGAGUACUCAUUGCAGCCCAUGGUAACAGUCUCCGAGGCAUUGUGAAACAUCUAGAAGGAAUGUCUGAGGCAGCAAUCAUGGAACUCAAUCUGCCCACUGGAAUACCAAUAGUCUAUGAGCUGGACAAAAAUUUGAAGCCUAUCAAGCCAAUGCAGUUCCUGGGAGAUGAGGAGACUGUCCGUAAAGCUAUGGAAGCUGUGGCAGCUCAGGGCAAAGUUAAGAAAUGAGGGCAGGCAAAAUAAUCAGUAGUAUAACCCCUCUUUCCCUUUCCUAGCACAUGCCUCAAGGGACAGGGCUGAAGAGCCAGAGAUGGUGAAGCUUAUGAGAGCCAUGGCUUAUCCUUCAACAUUUACAUUUCUCCAGCAGGAUCUGGCUAGAUAUUUGAGAGAUGCGGACCAUAGAUCAGCAGGGUUACUGACAGAAACAAAUCCCAAAGCAAUGAAAUUCAGUGCUGCUGAAAUGAAGGGGAGACCAAGGUUUUCUCAAGGGAACCUUUGCUGUCUUUUAUGUGAGAACUCCAGUUAGUCAAGUAUUGCUUCACUUCGUUUUGCCAUUCAGGAUGGUUGCAAGGACCAUUUUUUAGUUUUUUUUUUAUUUUGCAUAAGCAGCAUGCCAUUUCACUUAAGCUAGAUGAAAAGCCAAUUCUUAUUUCAUUGCCUUCUGAAUGUAGGAAGGGUGAGACUAGGACUAGCUCCCACUCUGGAAUUUCCACCUGUGAUCCAAUAACUUUGUGUAGUGCCAGUAAACCCUGAUACUGUGUAUCAUGUUGCUUUUCUACCCCAUAGUCUGUGUGUUGUCUCUGCCUUUUGGAUGGCAGAUUUACACUAGAGCUAAUUUCACUGUACAAUGGCUGAAUUUGCCCUAGUCUCGGUAAAAUAAAGGAAUUAUGUGCAAUA